GCGAAGCUCAGUUCAUGAUUUGCUCUUUGAUUGUUAUGUUCUGCGGGAUGUUUCGUUCCGACAGCAGCCAGGGUAGCAGAUAUCCUUAAAAUGUACACUUCCUAAUUGAAAAGAGCUUCUGGUGCCUUGGAAGGUUCUCGCCGAUUUAUUCAGCAGACCGAGUGUGACUGACAUGAUCACGAUAGACCCUUUACAGAUCCACUGUUUUGAAAUGAGAUGUUUUGCAAACCAGAUUCCCACAAAUGAAUGAUCUCCGAUUGUAGAGAGAAGACUUUAUUUCGAUCCUUACCAGUCGUACUGAGGACCACGACUGUUGCCAUGAAGACAUCUGGCAUUUUGUAAGCGUAGUAAAUCACAUCGCCGAACUGAAAUGGGCAAGUUAUCUUGCAUGGGCACGGGCAUCAGAUACUUACAUGUUGACUUUCUGUGAUGGAUGAAGCUGAUGUAAAUGAGAGUGCAAGAAAUGACGGUGAGCCAGAUGGAAUUUCUGGUUUCCCUAUGGUUCAGAAGACGAUCCUCAUCACGUUUCUUUCAGCUAUUAUGAUAAUGACUAUAUUGGGAAAUCUAUUGGUUAUGGUAGCUGUUUGCAAGGAUAGGCAGCUAAGGAAGAUCAAGACCAAUUACUUUAUAGUCUCUUUGGCCUUUGCCGAUCUGCUUAUUUCAGUCAUGGUGAUGCCUUUUGGAGCUAUUGAACUAGUACAACAGAACUGGAUAUAUGGAGACACAUUUUGCCUUGUCCGGACUUCUUUGGAUGUCAUGCUAACCACAGCAUCCAUUCUUCAUCUAUGCUGCAUUGCUUUAGACAGGUACUAUGCUAUUUGUUGUCAACCUCUGGUUUACAGGAACAAAAUGACACCCUCGCGUAUUAUUAUAAUGCUUGGAGGGUGUUGGAUUAUCCCUACAUUUAUUUCAUUCCUUCCUAUCAUGCAAGGCUGGAACAGUAUUGGUAUACAGGAACUGGUAGAGGAAAGAAAAUUCAGCAAUGACAUGAAUACAACCUCCUGUGUCUUUAUGGUGAACAAACCCUUUGCCAUUACGUGCUCGGUUGUUGCAUUCUACAUACCUUUUAUUUUAAUGGUUCUAGCAUACCAAAGGAUAUAUGUAACUGCAAGAGAACAUGCACGGCAGAUUGAAAUGUUGAAACGUGCAGGAACCUCAAAUGAGUCUGGACAACAAGCUGACCAUCCAGGAAAUCACAGGAUGAAGACUGAAACCAAAGCAGCCAAAACUUUGUGCAUUAUUAUGGGAUGCUUUUGCCUCUGUUGGGCACCAUUUUUCAUCACAAAUAUUGUAGAUCCAUUUAUAAAUUACUCUUUUCCAGAAAAGAUUUGGACAGCAUUCCUUUGGCUUGGAUAUAUUAAUUCAGGAUUGAAUCCCUUUCUGUAUGCAUAUUUGAACAAGUCCUUCAGGCAUGCCUUCUUAACAAUUUUGUGCUGCGGAGAGAGGCACAGACGAUCUACUAAACUGGGGCAGACACUUCCCCGUUCUACAACGAUUAAUGGAUCAACACAUGUAUUGAGGUACACAGUUUUACGUAAUGGCCAUCUUCAGGAACAUGAAAAUCUGUCUCUUCGAAGUGAUAAUGAAUUAUAGAAAUUAUGCUCUAAACAUGCUUGAGACACGUAAUAUAUGGUCUUAUCCCAGAACUGGAAUUAGUGUCUCCGCUCACAUGAAUAUGACUCCCACCAGAAAGAUGCAAAUAAAUGUUUACAGCACCCUUAUGCGCAAAACAAAAUAAUACCUUUCAUCAUUGGAGUAGGCAAUUUGUAAAUAGAUGUUUAUGGUGAAUAAGGAAUACUUUUAAAGUAAGUGUGUGUGAAUGAGUCUCAGAGUUAAUGAAUUUGUGUUGUACUUAUUACAAGUGAUAAUUGUUUUGAACCAAAUGUGAAACAAAGCUGUAGAGGAAAAGAACAAAAAUGUCCAUUUCCACGUUAUGAUUCAAAGAUCAAAUGCACGCAAUUAUUUGAUGUCCCGGGUUUGUGCUUGAUAAAUGGGAUGUAUUAUUUGUAAGCUUUAAAACCACGCAAAUGUGUCUUAAAUGUCAUUACAGCACACUGCAUUGAAAAUGUUCGAUGUUGUGAAGGGAGUUGUAGAGGUCUAAACUCCUAGUAAAUUAUAUUCUGUAUUGUUUUAAUGAUAGGAGAGAUUCCUACCCUCACAGCAACUGGGUCAAUUUUUUUACUGUUAUUCCCGUACUGUCAGUUUUUGGAAAAUAAAUCAGUGUUUAAUAGGUAUCUUUCCCUUUUAGAUACAGUCGAUUCCAGUUAAUUGGUCCAUCAGUAGAUCAGGACAUCCGCUUAUCUGGGACAAUUCUUAAAGAACAAUAACUAAUCAAGAAAAUAGACAGAAUUCCAUUCAUUUAUUUGGGACACUGUACUACUUAACUGGGACAGGAAACUGUUCUCUAACAGUUUCUGACUGGCAUCCAUCACAUGAACUUGUGUGGCCACUAAACACUGCACUGUGCUUAAAGCAAACAGUUUCAAAUGGCACUAUUUGCAUGUGUUUGUGUUCAAAAAGCAGUGAUAUUGUCACUGAUAGCAGACAAAGAAUAAGUGUAAGAGCAAUUAGAAUUGUUUUACCUACUAUGGUUUCAAGUAUUCAGGCUUGGAGAUACCAGAAACGGCCAGGAGUGAAAAUGAAAUGAUUUCACCACUUCAACGAAUUAGGAAUAAUGAAGAAUUUGAGGGAUCACUUACAGUCAAUCAAUAGUACGCAGCAGUGUAUUUGUUGUGCAUUCUGUCCAACGAUGACAGUGAAAACUGAGCAAGAGUGUUUUUAAAGUGGAAAAGCUUUUGUACUAGAACAGAUUCACUCUCUCAACCUUGGAAGUCCAGUUCCAAUGGUACGAGUAGUUACCACAACUGUGGUCUUACUUUGUUAUAGUGAAUAACUAUGACUUCUUCUGUGCCUUAUCAUGCCUUCACUCUCCUCGAACUGUUGCAGAACUGCCUCCUUCGCCAUUGGAUCUCAUCUGCCCAGUCUGCCGGAGCUGACUUCACAUGCUAGGACAGGCAUGUUCCUCCCUUACUGGGGCCCGAGUCCUGCCGGCUACCCUCACCUGUUCAGCCCGCCUGUCGAAAUGGCAUACCAGUGUGUAUCGGCUGUUGCAUACAAACAGCUACAGUACUUGGAGCCACAGGUGAGAGCUGAGUGUCCAGUAGGGACUAAAGGUGAGUGAGCUGCCCCAGAACGGACACAACAAACCGUUUCACUUGAGGUGCUACCCCUUUCUGAACACCCCAUACGCAGCAACAUAACCCAGAUGAAUUCCUCCAUUGAUAAUAAAUAGGAACUAAUACACUGUUUUAGCACUGGUAGUGUUCUAAUUUGUUCUGUAUUUCAUUUAAAUAUAUAAUUUGUUACUCAGUUAAGUGGUUGUUUCUCUUUCUUAACUAUUUCCAUGAAACUUUGGCCAAUUGGGGCAACCACUUACUGGGCCUAAAUGUACUAAUCUCGAUAUGCCCCAAUUAACCAGAAUCCACUGUAAUACCUAAAGCAAGUCUGUGUAAAAUGGAAUUUAAAUAAAGGUAGAAUAUUUGUAGAAGCUGAAAAGAACUUGCUAUUCAUGUUGACUGAAAUUAAUUUCACCUAACUAUAUAUGUAUACACUAUAUUUAUAUAUGUAGAUCAUGAACUAGGAAUAGUUCCAAAGCAACAAAGUCACAUAUGACAGAUUUUGUUCCAUCAUAUUAAGCAAUUGUUUCUUUGUGUAUCAGCUUUGAUAAUGCAAGCUAUAUUUUUAUUUUGAAAUGCUGCUGACAGAUGUUUU